AUGGAUCAUAGGACGAUCCACUUUGGUCUCAUUUUAAAGCACGAAGCUUGUAUUUUGAUAGUACAGUGAAUUUGACCCUUUGGAAAAUGAUUUUACACCACGCAGCGGGCGGGAAACCGAGGACACAUUCCUCUCGAAAAUUCUGAAAAUUCAAACGUGUGUAAAAAUAUUAAAAAUCUCUUCUCGUGACUAGAUCCACCAUCAUUUCGAAGAUCAAAGUUUUUCCUUCGCAAUGAUUCCCUGAAACUUCUUCUACCACUUCUUGAUGUACCACGUGAUGUAAAGUCAUCUUCAAGAGAAACAAACUCACGACCAAAUACAACUGAAAAUAGAAACUGGUGGUAAACUUGUACGAGGACCCGCAGACUCAAGUGAGACCAAUCAGGAACUUAUCGUGGUCCCCGAACAACCCUGAUCGAUUGGCUGUCGCGUACGGGUUCCUGGAGUUUGAGCAGCAUUCGGCCGACGUGAGUCCGUACUCCUACGUAUGGAAUAUCGGUAAUUACCGACAAUGUGAAAAAACUGAUCGUUUAUCUCGCGCAGAGAAUCCGAAUAAAGCUCUGUACAUGUUGAAAUCGGAAAGCCAAUUAAUGACGGUGAAGUUCAAUCCGCGUGAUCCAGCGAUGCUAGUCAGCGGCCUCAUCUCUGGCCAAGUGUGCUACUGGGAUCUUCGAGUGAACGAAAAACCCAUCGGGACGUCGCAUCGUUUCGUGAGUCACAGACAUCCAGUGGUCCAGACUCUUUGGAUCCCUUCCAAGGGCAACACCGACUUCUUCUCUUGUUCGACCGACGGCGCGGUUCUCUGGUGGGACAUCCGAUUCAUAAAGAAGCCAACGGAGAGCCUGGUGAUGGAUCUGGAGCAGCCGGAUAGGGCGGACGUUUACAAAGCGAUCGGUAUCACGGCGCUACAGUUUGAACAGACGAUGAGCAGCAAAUUUCUAGCCGGCACCGAGAACGGCCUCGUCGUCAAUGUAAACAGACGAGCCAGCAACCCCAUGGAGAGACUGGCGGUGAGGUUCCAGUGUUACGCGGGUCCGAUCGUCGCGAUCGACAGGAAUCCCGUCUACGCGAAGAACUUCUUAACCAUCGGCAACUGGUCGGCCAAAGUAUGGUCGGACGACACGAAGGAAGGGAAUUUGCUCGGUACCAGCAACAAAUUCGUCGAUCUGACCGGCGGCUGCUGGAACAGAAUCAGAUGCUCCGUGUUCUUCACCAUAAACGAAAAAGGUACGGUGGAGGCGUAUGAUAUAUUGGCAGGCGUGAGGACACCGUUGACCGAGAUUCGCCUGUGUCACGACAGUCUGACGGCGAUCAGCUCUCACGACGAGGGCGAGUUCCUCGCUGUCGGGAGCAGCAACGGCAACGUCUACCUGUUGGAAUGCAUGCAGGACCUCGCGACAUUUACGAAAGAGGACAGAGCCGUUUUGAGCAACUGCCUGGAAAGAGGCAGCCGUUACGAGAAAGCGAUCGACAGCCGUUUGAAAGAACUUCGCUUGGCACAGCGGAUCACCUCCGACAACGUCAGCCCGUGGAACUCGAAGGCGAAAACGAAGAAGAAGAGGAGAGAGAAGCAGUUGAACGCGGAUAAGGAAAAUGUGGAGAGCCAGAAGAAGUCCAGAGCCUCGAGACCGAGAUGGAAGAACUCGAUCAAGAUGGCCUUCCCCGAACUUCAGAAAGCGCAGACGGAGUAUUUCGAGAGAGUGGAACAGGUUGCACACACCUUGCUCUUAACUUUAAUCACGCGUGAGAGAAUGAGCACGUAUCUCUGUCGAAAUAGAUAUCGGCGCAGUAUACUGAUCUCGACGAGAGCGACACUGAGGACGAUACGAAGCGUUACGAAGGAGAUAAAGGAAGAGGAACGCAUGGUGGACGUCGUUCCGGUCUCGAUUAGGAUAAAAGGCAGAAAGCCACGAGCGAGAAAGGUGCUGGGAAAGAUUUGCGCGAAGCAAGUUGUCUGCAAGCCGGAAAUUUGCUGCGCGGAUUUGGAAGAGAAACGAAGAUCAAGGAGAGCGAAGCAGAAGGAAGACGCUUCGAAGCUCGCGAUGGAGGAGGAGGAGGAGGCGGAGCGACACAGAUCGUUCAUGAUAAACAGCAAAUGGUUCAGGCGAUUGACCGACUAUAUGGUUCAAAUUCCCUCGCCGUCGCGCGCGCUCAAGAGGAGGAUCCUGGCGUUGAAGGACACGCCGCCGAGCGUACUACGGAAAGAGUUGGCCCAGGCGAAGGAGAAGACUCGCGCUUGGCAAGAGAGAGCGAUCGCGAGGCAGCUUGGCUUCUGGGACGUCGAGAGGAAGCUGGAGAAGAAGAAGUCGGAGAAACUUAUGGAAGCGAGGCCGCAGGAAACGACCAGGCAGGAGCAGGAGGAGGAAGUCGAGAGACGUGUCGCGAUCAAGCCAGAGGAAUCGAAACGCGCGUUUAGUAGCGUGACCAAGAUCCCGCGUAAAAGCAAACGGUUGGUACUGACGGAGGAGGAGCUGAAAACGAUCGAGAAAAAGAAGCGCUUGGAGCUGUGGAACCUGCUGAAACAGAAGGUGAAGGAGUACGACGAACGAUAUCGGGAGAAGUCGUACUAUCCGCGAAUAUCUGCUGCGUACUCGCUGGACAAACGAGAUUAA